UCUGUGAUCUCGACAGUCGAAGUGAACCGAGUCGAGAAGGAACCGACCAGUGACUGAGCUCGGGAGAGAUGUCAUCGUCGGAAGGGGAGGAAGACCCGGCGGUGUGGCUCCCGCUCAGGGCGCGGCCGGAGUGGGCGGACGUGGCGCCGCUGCCCCAAGAUGACGGCCCCAACCCGGUGGUGACCAUUGCCUACAAGGAUGACUUCCGGGAGACGAUGGACUACUUCCGGGCCGUCUUCAGAGCCAACGAGCUCUCCCCUCGGUCCCUCGCCCUCACCUCUCUCGCCAUCUCCUUCAACGCCGGGAAUUACACUGUUUGGCAAUUUAGGCGUCGAGUUCUCGAGGCUCUCGGCUCUGAUUUGCACCAUGAACUGGAUUUCACUGAGCAGAUUGCCAAGGGUAACGCCAAAAAUUACCAGUUGUGGCAUCACAGGCGGUGGGUUGCAGAGAAACUUGGACCUGAUGCUGCAGAUAGGGAACUUAAAUUCACGAGGAAGAUUUUCUGCAUGGAUGCUAAGAACUAUCAUGCCUGGUCCCAUAGGCAGUGGGUUCUUCAAAAUCUGGGAGGGUGGGACGAUGAGCUCGAUUAUUGUCAGCAGCUCCUCGAGGAAGACAUUUUCAACAAUUCUGCUUGGAACCAGAGAUAUUUCGUCAUUACAAGAUCUCCUCUCUUAGGAGGCCUGAAAGCAACGAGAGACUCUGAAGUUGCGUACGCAGUUGAAUCCAUCAAGAGCUUUCCUGAGAACGAGAGCCCAUGGAGAUACCUCCAUGGUCUUUACAAGAAUGACACUGCAGCUUGGGUGAAUGAUCCUCGGGUCUCUUCAAUUUGUCUGGACAUCCUCAAAGCCAAGAGACAUUGUGUGUUUGCUCUAAGUACGCUGCUGGAUCUCCUGUGCCAUGGAUAUAAUCCAAGCCAAGAAGUGAUGGAUGCUGUAAAUGGGAUGGGGAUUUCAGAUUCCGAUUCAACAGGUUCUGAUUCUGGUAUAGCGAAAUUUAUUUGUUCGAUUCUGGGGCAGGAGGACCCCAUGAGAGCUAAUUAUUGGGCAUGGAGGAAGAGUCAGCUGCCUUAACGAGCUCGUACCGUAUGUUGUUCUCCUCUGGUCUCUGCUGUCGAUUUCGACCUUCAGAGACUAGUCUGUUCUUUACUGAAGAUUGAGAGUUCCAGAUACGAAAGUUUUCAAUCUAGGGUGUAGGCUCCGCCCCAUCAAUUUAUUCUAGAAGCUGAUAAUUGUGGGGUUUUCUAUACUCAAUUUGCAACUUAGAUAAAGCUUUUUUUUUUUUUUACUGGUUGAAACCUUGUAACUUACGUAAAGCUUUGCAUUAGUGUAAUUUGAAUCUGUACCGGACCUUGGUUGGAUAUUCAGAACUACGAUCUAUGCCAGGUCCUGGCCUCA